AUGCCAGUCGUGGAGCUAUCAGAGGACCAGCGCCAAGAGAUCCGCGAAGCCUUUGAUCUGUUCGACACUGAUAAGGAUGGUGCCGUGGACUACCAUGAGCUUAAGGUGGCUAUGCGCGCCCUGGGAUUUGACCUGAAAAAGUCAGAGGUUCUCGAGAUUCUGCGAGACAAUGAUGCUACGGGCACAGGCCUCAUGGAGUGGCCAGCAUUCAACCGUGUUUUGACGGAGCGCAUUGCCUCGCGUGAUCCACGGGAAGAGAUUCUACGCGCGUUUGCCCUCUUUGAUGAGGACAAUACGGGCAAGAUUAGCUUGCGCAAUCUCAAGCGUGUCGCCAAAGAACUAGGUGAGAACCUCGACGACGAGGAGCUCCAAGCUAUGAUUGAUGAGUUCGAUCUCGAUCAAGAUGGCGAGAUCAGUGAGCACGAGUUUCUGCAGAUCAUGAUGGACGAGCCAUAG